GAGAGGUGGUACCUGAGCAGAGGAUUGAUCGUGUCAGACAAUGGGAAACAUUUGUUGCUCUAAAGGUGCGUGCAGGGUCCUGCCACAGCAGUCAUCACCAGUUCUGGACUUCCCAGUGGAACAUGUCAGUGAAGGAGAACAGGCUGCCAGCACUCCAGUGCUUGUCUUCGGAUCCAAUGACCUGUAUACUCCAAAUUUAGAGGAAUCCAGCCCUGUGUUCACAUAUCCUCAGAAGUGGGCCAUUCCAGUCAGGGACUGUCUGAAACCUCUGUCAGAGAAGAACAGUUUGAUAAACGAUUGCAUUUUGGAGUCACUUGAGGAUUUGCCCACAAGUGAAGAAUUUCCAGAGGGUUCUGAUACAGGUGUCUUCAGUGGUGGAUCAGAGGGAGAUGUGUCUUCAUCUGACACUGAGGUAGCACAUACUUCUACCUCAAAGAAGCCACUGAAGAAGCGGUUUAUAAAGGUGAAUCUACGAAACCAGGCGAGAGAUGGAAGACUGAAGGGAACUGAGGUGGUGCGGAUAUCUAAAUUAUCGAAAGAUGUUACCUUCCUGGAUUCAGAUGAGGACAGCAGUGGAUGCAGUAGUGACAGUUUAUCCCAUGUUUCACUACCUGGAAUGGAAGCUCCAAUCACCUCCACCACAUUCACUGAAGAGUUGCGACGGUUGAAUCCAAGUUUCGAGACUGGUAAAGGUGAACCUCAGUUGACUACCAUGGCUCCAUUCUUCUCCACCCGAAAUGAUGUACAGUUCAGAAGGCUGAAUCCCAGUCUUGAGAGUGGUGUAGGUGGACCUCAGCAGAUUGACAUGGCUCCAUUCAUCUCCACCCGAAAUGAUGAACAAGUCAGAAGGAUGAAUAUACAUUUGGAGACUGGUGAGGGUGGACCUCAACGGACUGAGGUGGCAUCAUCAUCAUCCUCCAGUGAUGGUUUGGCUUUGGAGAGUUCAGAUGAUGAAAGCCUCCAUGACUGAGAGACUCCAGUUAGAUGGUACUGUGCAAAGAUGGCUAGCUGCCUGAGGGCUCUGGCAGCCACAGCACUCCUGACAGCAGAAACAUCCAGAAUCUCACUGGGCCAACAGCUUGAGGUUUUUCCUCCAUUCUAGGUCUGUAGUUUGAUAGAUUCAGAGAUAUUUAUGGAUAACUGAUACUUGCAUAACUAUUAGGCUAUCUUCCUAUGCCACCUUCCCUCCCCCCUCCGCUGUCAUAGCUCUCUCUUAAAGUUUGUAAUGGGUUAAACCUUGCUACUUUACUACCAGCUCCUCGGAUUUUAGGACAUAAGUGUACACAUAUAAUUGCUCAUACUUAUGCCAGCAGGCAAGACUUAACUGUCAGACCCAGAACAUAUAUGGUUCACAGAUUGCAGUAGCUACAUAGUCAGUGGUGAAAGGAAGGCUAUGGUUUCCUCAACUGAACUUAUACUCAGGUCCUCUUGGAACCUCAACCCAGAAGGCUGAGCUUAUAGCAUUAAAUAGGGCACUUAGCCCAGGAGAGGACUGUUGCCUAAACAUAUAUACUGACCCCGAACUAUUCCUUUAUGCUAGUCAUACCUCCACAGCUAUAUGGAAAGAAUUUAGAAGGCUGACAGGGAAAUAUUCUGAUUAAAUAUGAUGAGGAGAUUUUAAAAUUACUACAUAUAGUCCACUUACCCCAGAAAGUACCUAUCACACACUGCUGGGGACACCAUCAAAAUGGUGUAAGUGUGGUCUGUAAUGGAAAUCACAGAGAAGGUUCAGAGACCAAGCAGGCAGCCACUAGGACUCUACCUUUGGCACUAGAUUUAAUUCCUAGCCUAAAUCUAGAUACUCAGCCUCAGUAUUUCACAGAAAAUGAUGGUUGGGCUCAAGAAAAUGGAGGAACCAGAGUUGCUGGAUGGUGCUUGGUAAAUGAUCAAUAUUUUCUUCCCAAAGCUAAUCAAUUAGUGGAAGAUAAUCAAACACAUGCAUGAUUUAUUCCAUUAGGGGGAAAAGUCAUUCUUAUGGCCUCUCAGCACUUGUUCACAGGCCCUGGACCAACUUCUCUUGGUCCGGCAAGUUUUCCAGGCAUACCCCACUUUUUCUUAUAGUACCUCUGGAGGCCUUAAACUUAAUCUAGUAAAGCCAGUUCAGAGAAAGGGAGCAGAUCCUGAGGUAGAUUGUCAACUGGACUUUGUCCAUAUGUCUCCCUGAGGAGGGGGUACAAAGUUCUAUUGGUAUUAGUAGACACUUGCAUGGAACAGGUCCAAGCUUUCCUAGCCUGGAAAGAGAGGGCAACUAAAGUUGCCACGGUUUUAUUAAAAGAUAUUUUUCUUUUUUUUAAUUUUUAAAAUUUUUGAAUUUUUAAAAAAUUUUUAUUUCCCUAUCAUUGCCCUUGUUUAACAUUGUUACUUGUUAUUGAUGUCGUUUUUGUUGGAUAGGACAGAGAGAAGUGGAGAGAGGAGGGGAAGACAGAGAUGGGGAGAGAAAGACACUUGCAGACCGGCUUUACAGCUUGUGAAGCGACUCCCCUGCAGGUGGGGAGCUGGGGGCUAGAACCGGGAUCCUUACGCUGGUCCUUGCGCUUUGCGCCAUGUGAGCUUAACCCACUGUGCCACUGCUUGACUCCCUAAAAGAAAUUGUUCUUAGUUCUGGAUUUCCUGGGAGGUUACAGAUGACAGUUGUCCAUCAUUACAGCCCAGGUCACUCAGGGAGUAGCCAAAGCCAUAGGAAUUAAAUACUAUUUACAUAUAGGGUGGCAGUGACAGUCAUCAGGCAAAGUAGAAAGCAAGAAUAGGACUUUAAAACCCCAUCUGGCUAAGUUAUGCCAGGAGACACAGGGUAAAUGGCUUGCUUGACUACCUGUAUCUCUUCUUAGGAUUCAUAAUUUGCCUCACCUAAGGAUGACUUGUAGCCCAUUUGAGAUGGUUUAUGGUAGGGCAUUCUUGAAUAUAGAUUUGAUAGUAGACCCUGAAACAGUAGCAAUGACUAAACAGAGCUCCAGUGCCUCUUGCACAAAUGGGGAAAAGUACCUCAAGAAGGGAAAGAUCCUGGUUCUCUAAUUGUUCAUCUUGGCCAACAGGCUUUGAUCAAGUUCUGGCCUAAAGGACAUCCUUAAAAGGAAAAAUAUCGUUGAACUCCCAAGUGGCAAGAUCCUUUCACAGUGAUUCUUUCUACCUCCACUGCAGUGAAUGUCCUGGGGAUCGACAACUGGAUCCACAUCUCCAGAGUGAAGCUGCCUCCUAUUUGCACACAAGCUGCUCCUGAGACAUCAGCUAGGACAGUCUCCACUCAAUGUCCUACAAAUAUGACUUAAUACACUAUAGAACCCCUGGAAGGACUUUUUUUUCUUUAAAUAAGAUAAGACAAAGACUAUAUGAGUACUGACACUGUAUUGCCACUAGUGC